CACUUGAACGUUUCAUUAUUCACUGUCUGUGAAAAGCCAAGGGGGUGAGCGCAGCGGUAAAGCCAACACCACCGCUGCCCCUUCGUUACAUGUGGGCGAGAUUUCUCUUGACUAACAAACAGGAUCAAAACUUUACUUGUUGUAUUACAUUAAACGAUCAUGCAGUUUUAUUAUUUUUAUUUUCAGAGCUUCACUUGGGCAGAGUGAUUAAAGUUUGAUUCCCUAAGGGAAAUCUGCAAGUUUAGACUGGACGACAGUGGAAUCUGUGUAACCUCGAGGAAUAAUUCCCAUCUCCUUGGAGCAUUUGUCCCGGCACACGGACGCACGAGCCAGGGACAAAAAUGGUUGGCGCUAAAUAAAACCAGCGCAAACUUGUUUGCUGGUCUUGCAACCAAGUGGAAAACGCUUUUGGAUGGUCGCCUUCUCGGAGGGUUGCACACCAGGCUAGGUUGACCUAACCAUGCCACAGAGGACAGCACUUCCUUUGCUCUUCACCUGAGCGUGGCCCAUCUGAAGGAUAAGAACACCCAUAUAAGAAUGCAGCCGUUGGAUUUCAGCUCAGCAUUUAACAAGAUCCUCCCCCAGCAGCUGGCUGUUUCCGGAGGAAUGUGCUUUUAAACCCCUACAGCCGGGAAAUCAAGAGGUGACGCACCUGUGUAGAACCUCCCUGGAAACAAAUGCUCCACCACCAUGCUACCAGGGAUGGUACACUACCCUUCAGGGCUAGCAGUCGGAGCACUGCUGUCCUUCCUGCUGUCAGCCACUGUCUGGCCAGUCAUCCUACUUCCCAACGCUACUGUCCAAGGAUCAGACGUUUCUUACUCCUACCCCACCUUUGACCGCAACGACACUGUGUUUGAGCACCUGGCCCUGCAUCCCAACCCUGCUGUUGGUCGGGUUUAUGUGGGGGCCCGAGAUCUCCUCUUUCAGUUGGAUCAGUUCCUCCAAACUGAAAUCCAGGAUGAAACUGGACCCGUCACAGACAGUCGAGAGUGUUUACCUCCUGUUACAGUAACCAACUGCCCUCAGGCAAGGACGACCAGUAACCAUAACAAGCUCCUCCUCAUUGAUCCUUAUUCCAUGGAACUCAUUACCUGUGGGAGCGUCAGUCAAGGAAUUUGCCAGAAAAGAAAUCUGGAUUCAAUAGAUAGGGUACUGUUUUCCACGACUCGACCAGUGGAUACGCAAUAUGUAGCAGCCAACCACCCCAACGUUAGCACUGUUGGCCUUGUUGUUAGGUCACAUCCUGACAGACAGCCUGUUCUGUUUGUAGGCCGAGGUUACACCAGCAGCCAUCCACCUAUCUCCACAAGAAACCUAAAGCAGGAACCCAUCUUUUCCUACGAGGAGGCCGCCAAAUUAGCUGUGGCUGGGCGUCUCUCAGAGUACGACCAUCAUUUCGUGGCCUCGUUUGCCUACCGUCAGCAUGUUUAUUUCCUAUUCUACAGACGAGAUCUCAAGUCACAGUCGCGGGAGUACCGUACCUACAUUUCCCGCGUAUGUUUGGAUGACCAGUCUUAUUACUCCUACGUAGAGGUACCGCUGACAUGCCGUUCCAGGACAGGGAAAAAUUACAACUUGCUGCAAGCUGUCCAGCUGGGGCUCUCUAAAGUCGUUGAGGAUAGUCAAGCCUCCGAGAUCCUUGUUGGUGUUUUCUCCACCCGGCUGGCUUCAUCGUCUCAGCCCAGCGAGGACUCGGCCUUGUGCAUGUUCAAUCUUGCAGAUGUGGAUCAGAGGAUUAAUGCCACCAGGGACCUGUGCUACACAAAGAUGGGGAGAGAAGAAGUAGUGGACGCGGCCUACAUUGAGUAUGAGGUCAAAUCCAACUGUGCUAACCUGCCAAACAACACACUGGAAGCCUACCCUUGUGGCUCUGACCACACCCCCAGCCCUAUGGCCAGCCGAGUUGCCGUGAAGGCCGAAACCAUAUUGGACAGCCCUUCUGCUCGUCUCACUGCAGUGGCUGUCAGCAUCAAGUCAGGACAUACAAUUGCCUUCCUGGGAGACUCGAGAGGAAAUCUGCACAAGGUGUUCCUGGGUUCGAAUGGUGAAGUGGAGGAGUACUCCGUCACCUCCAUUCAAGAGAACGCAGCCAUCAGCUCUGACCUCAUCCUUGACCAGAAGGAGGAACAUCUCUUCAUAAUGACCCAUAACAAGCUGCAGAAAAGGCCAGUGGCCGAAUGUCAGCAGCACCUGGACUGCCACUCCUGCCUGCUGGCCCAUGACCCCUACUGUGGCUGGUGUAUCCUAGAGGGAAGGUGCACGUUGCAGUCGGAGUGUGCACGUGGGAGCCAGCCAGGUCAGUGGCUCUGGAGCUUUGACAUAGAGCUGCAGUGUCUGACUGUGCAGCACAUCAACCCCUCCAACAUCAGCAGGGACGAGAGCAGGAUGAUACACCUGUCGGUGCCAGGUCUCCCACUGCUGGAGAAGCAUGAGUCGUAUUCCUGCUUCUUCCAGGGCGUCCACAGCACUGCUACUGUCACUGAAGCUGGAGUCACCUGCCAGUCACCCACAAUCACCCAAGUACCCUCUGUGCCUCCAGGACAGGACUCUGUGACAGUCACAUUGUCACUUUGUUUUGGUGACGUCAGAGUCACCGGACAUGAUUUCAUCUUCUAUGACUGUAUGGCUGUCAAGGAGCUGUCUGGCAGCAUGCCCUGCCGUGGUUGUGUUCUGAGUCACUGGGGCUGUAACUGGUGUGUUCAUCAGCACCUGUGUACCCACAAACCCACCUGUGAGCAGGGAGUCAUUAUCUACAACCAGCAUUUUGAGCUUCCCAUCUCAGCUCCUCUCCCAACUAAUCCCAUUAAAGUCAGCACAAUGUCCAGCAUCAGCCACACCAUCUUGACCUCCACCUCCACCACCACCACCUCCACCACCACCACAACAACAUCAGCUUCAACAACAUCAGCUGUUACCUCAUCCAUUACAACCAAACCCCAGGCCACGGUACCAAUAACCAGUCAGCCAACCACCGUGCCGCCCAUUCCACCGACCACAACACUCAGUCCUGGACUGACCACCGUGACGACUCGACCUCCCGUCACACUGCAGCCUACCAGGCCGGUUGUGACCAUGCCUCUGACCUCAGAAACCACUGUCAUGAAGACACUAAAAAUAGCCGCAAGAGACGAAGAUGUCAUUGUUGUCACCCAGGGUGACACCAAAGUUGCUACGGUUACGCCCAAGGUGGUGAUGGCUGCAGAGUUGUUGCCCGUUACUGCAGUGAAUCAGGAACCUGUGAUCGCUCUGAUGAUCCCCGACACGUCCCCACAGAUGGUGGUGACCGAGUCGCUCCGCAGAGAAGCUGAGGGAGACCUUCCCGUGACGGCACCGGCCGUCCUCCCGCUUCCAUCACCCCUACCUACAGAACACUCUGAGCUGGAACUGACCCAAACGCCCUCUUUAGUGGCACCGACUGAAAACACUCGGACUCAAGGCCCAGGUGUUUUUUCUGAGGUCCUUCCCUGGCCAGAAGAGGUGGAUGCUGAAGAAGAAGACAAGUUAGAAAAUGAGGGCGCCACAUUUUCAGCUGCCGUCGUGUUGUCAGGUGACGGUGAGGUUGACCGUGUCGCCACAUCCUAUCCCAACCUGUUGGAUAUAGACUCAGGGAUGGACUUCCAGUAUGACGCAGCUGAUGACUUACUGAUGGGGGAUGAGGGCUCCUUUGUCAACUGGGGCGCCUCAGCUUGUCCAUGUGUUGAAAAGGUUCAGGGUUCCUCGCUGCUUCCUGUGAGAGUUGACAGGAAGAUUACUCUACUGGCCCGCAACCUACACCUAUAUGAGGACACAGAGUUGGAGUACGAGUGUGUGCUGAUCAUUGAAGGCCAGACUGUGGUAGUGGACACCUAUGUGGAGCCUGAUGACAUGGAUCCCUACAGCUUUGACAUCACCUGUCAACUGCACCAGUACACAUACUCAGCUCCGGUGGAAGAGUACAACGCCAUGGUGUACGUGAAGAGGAAGGACACCUUCCACGUGGACAGUUCCACGGAUCUUUAUGUGACGUUGUACAACUGCUCCGUCGGCCGUUCUGACUGUAGUCGCUGCCAAACAGCGGACAGGAAGUACAGUUGUGUGUGGUGUGGCAGCGCUCAGGCCAGCUGCGUGUACACAGACUCGUGCGGUCAACCUGUCCAGCUGACGUGCCCUGCUCCCGUCAUCAGCUCUAUUGAGCCUCUCUCCAGUCUGCUGGAAGGAGGCUCCCUGGUCACCAUCCAGGGCUCCAACCUGGGUCAGAAGGCUGAAGACAUCCUGACCUCCGUGACUGUCGCUGGUGUGACCUGUACCGUCAUCCCAAACCUUUAUGAAGUCUCCUCCAGGAUUGUAUGCAGGACCAAAGCCAGUAAAGAAGAGAAGUCAGGCCUGGUCUAUGUUAAAGUGAAUGAAGAGUUCGGUGCAUCCAGCCAAAUGUUCAGUUACCAGGAUCCAUUUGUGAUGGGAGUGUCACCUGAGAGGGGGCCCAAAGCUGGAGGAACGUCUCUGACAAUCACUGGCCGACACCUGCUGACAGGCCACCCGUCUGACCUCAGCGUCACCGUGGGAGGAGUGCCCUGUACAAUUGUGUCAGAGGUGCUGGAGUCCAGUGUUCACUGUGUGACUGGCAGAAGUAAUAAAACAGGAGACCACCGCAUCACUCUGCACUACGGCAGCAACCAGCGCCACCUCCACACAAAGUUCUACCGCUACACAGACAACCCCGACCUCACCAGUGCCAUGCCGUCCAAGAGCUUUGUGGAAGGCGGACGGUUAAUCUUCGUGUCAGGUCAUAAUUUGGAUGUAGUUCAAGAACCCCAGAUUGUGGUAACGGUGUCCUCCUCUAAGUCUAUCAGCCAGAGCUCAGUGAAGAGGAGGAAAAAGAGGAGCACAGUGAGGAGAAAGGAGGGAGUUCCAACUACAGGAAGGAGAGUUAGGAGGCUUCAUGAAAUGGUCUGUUCUGAAGACGCACUCUGCUCUGUCAAACAGUUCACUGAGCGCUGUGUAGUGAACUCUUCCUCCUUGUUCCUAUGUCGCUCUCCAAUGGUGGACUCGUCAGUCCCCGGGUCAAAGGUCACAGUGGAGUUUCUCCUGGACAACCUCCGCUUCGACUUUAGCAGUCUGAACCAGCAGCCUUUCAGCUACGAACCCAACCCCGUCCUCCGUUGUCUGAACCAACAGGAACCGCUCAAAGCCUAUCGCUACAAUCCUGGGAGUUUCAUCCAGCUGGAGGGUGAAAAUCUGGACCUGGCCAUUUCUAAGGAGGAGGUGGUGGUGCUAAUAGGUGAAGGUGUGUGUGCUGUCAAGACACUGACGAGAAACCACCUGUACUGUGAGCCCCCACCGCAGCAGCCCGCACCAGGACUCAACAGCAGGAAGCUGGAGGGCUCUGACAACCUGCCAGAGUUUAUCGUCCAAAUGGGCAACCUGAACUUCUCCCUUGGUAAAGUCCUGUACGACAACCUCAGUCCGUCCACGUUCCCCCUGGAGGCAAAGAUCGGUGUGGGAGUGGGCUCGUCUAUUGUAGCGUUGAUCGUCCUCAUCAUCGUAUUCAUCUACAGGAGGAAAAGUAAGCAGGCUCUUAGGGACUACAAGAAAGUCCAAAUCCAACUGGAGAACCUGGAGACCAGUGUGAGGGACCGCUGCAAGAAAGAGUUCACUGACCUGAUGACUGAGAUGAUGGACAUGUCCAGUGACCUCGUGGGCUCCGGAAUCCCGUUCCUUGACUACCGGAUGUAUGCUGAACGCAUUUUCUUCCCCGGCCACAGAGAGUCUCCUCUCAGGCGUGACCUCGAUGUCCAGGACUGUCGUCGACAGACGGUGGAGCAAGGCCUGGUGCAGCUAUCCAACCUGCUCAACAGUAAACUCUUCCUCACUAAGUUCAUUCACACACUGGAAAGCCAGCGAACCUUCUCCCCGAGGGACAGAGCUUAUGUCGCUUCCCUGCUGACUGUGGCCCUUCAUGGCAAACUGGAAUAUUUCACCGACAUCCUCAAAACUCUCUUGAAUGACCUCGUUGAACAAUACGUGGCCAAGAAUCCCAAACUGAUGUUGCGACGGACAGAGACGGUAGUGGAGAAGCUCUUAACCAAUUGGAUGUCCAUCUGUCUCUAUGCUUUCCUCAGGGACUCAGCAGGAGAGUCUCUCUUCAUGCUGUUCAGGGCCAUUAAGCACCAGGUGGACAAGGGACCAGUGGAUGCUGUUUCUGGGAAGGCCAAGUACACUCUGAAUGACAACCGACUGCUGCGAGAGGAUGUGGAGUACAAGACCAUGACUCUGAAUGUGCUGGUGCAGGGUGGAGGAGUGAAUGAAAACCAGCCACUGCCUUCCAAAGUGCUGGACAUUGAUACCAUCACACAGGUGAAGGAGAAGCUGCUGGAUCAGGUGUUCAAGGGAACAUCCUUCUCCAACCGACCCCAUGCUGACUCACUAGACCUGGAGUGGAGGUCGGGUGUUGCCGGUCAUCUCAUUCUGUCAGAUGAAGACCUGACGUCGGUGAUUCAGGGCAACUGGAAGCGCUUAAAUACUCUUCAGCACUACAAGGUCCCAGAUGGUGCGACAGUUGCUUUGGUCCCUCGUCACAACAAACACAUUCACCACGACAGCCACGACUACGUAGCAGGAGAGACAGAAACACCAAUGCUGGAAGACGCAGAUGAAGGAGGAAUGCGACUGUGGCAUCUUGUCAAAGGCAGUGAAGAGCCGGAGCUGCCCAAGCACCGCAGGGGCAGCCUACGGGAGAGGGAGCGGGCCAAGGCCAUCCCUGAGAUCUACCUGACCCGUCUGCUGUCCAUGAAGGGUACGCUGCAGAAGUUUGUAGACGAUCUCUUCACGGUGAUUCUCAGCACCAGCCGCCCCGUCCCACUGGCUGUUAAAUAUUUCUUUGACCUACUGGACGACCAGGCAGCACAACAUGGCAUCCUGGACCAGGAGACCAUCCACAUCUGGAAAACCAACAGUCUCCCCCUGCGUUUCUGGAUCAACAUCGUGAAGAACCCUCAGUUCAUUUUUGAUGUCCAGGCGUCGGACCAUGUGGACGCCGUCCUCUCCGUCAUCGCACAGACAUUCAUGGAUUCAUGCACUAUAGCUGAGCACAAGCUUGGACGGGACUCUCCCAUCAACAAGCUGCUGUAUGCCAGAGACAUCCCCCGGUACAAGCAGAUGGUGGAAAGGUACUACGCUGACAUCAGGCAGACCAUCUCAGCCAGUGAUCAGGAGAUGAACUCUGCUUUGGCUGAAAUGUCCAGGAACUACUCUGGAGAGCUGAAUUACCUGGUGGCAUUGCACGAGCUCUACAAGUACAUCAACAAAUACUAUGACCAGAUUAUUACGGCAUUAGAAGAGGACACCACAGCCCAGAAGAUGCAGCUUGGCUACAGGCUACAGCAGAUUGCUGCGGCCGUGGAGAACAAGGUCACAGACUUGUGACAGUGGAGACACCAAUGUGGCAGGAACCAUUGGAACGCUGAGUUGAGGAUCAGAAACUUAUGGAUUAUUAAAAAGACAGACUUUUUUGAUGUGAGUCAGCUCACGUGGCUUUUUUUUUAUUAUUAUUAAUUUAGAAGUUGGCAUUAAAGUCCACAUCCCAGCAUCUUUAACUUCAUUUUUACAUUGUUUACAUAAUUCCACAUUGUUGAGUCCAAAAACUGUAGGACCAAGGGCCCUCGUAGAGACAGGAGAGCAGGUGGACGCCUAAACACUUUUGGUACUGUUUGUGUGUUUAUGAAGAGACAUUUGAAGGAAAAGGAG